AAAGAAGGUAGAGCAGCCAUCUGACUCAUCCUCUGCCUCUGCAUGACGCUGCGCCUUUAUAAGAGCAAACACAGCUUUAUCAAAGCAGCAGGAACAGUGGCAUACGUACUCAUCAAGCUCCACUUGAUAAGUACAAGCUUCUUGUAAAUGGGAUUGUUUUAAUUUCUUCGCCGUUUGUCAAGAGGCUUUUUUAAAAAUUAUUUUGAGGUAUUUUUUUUGUGUAAAAUUUGUUUUUUCUCACUUUGAGGAGAGGAACACCAUAAAAAAGCUGGACAUCUAGGUAGUUAAUGCCGUCUUGGAUAAUUAUUGAGUAAAAUGUUCUGUUUUUUUACUUAACAAGUUUAGUUUUUUGGCUUAAGUUGGAGCAUCUUACCCCAGUUUAAAUAGUUUUUUGUAUUCUCAGAAUGCUACAUGUUUAAUUCUUAGUAAUUUUUUACAUCUUACUUCAUCAACUAAUUUUUUUUUGAAACAUUAUUUUUUAAUGUUUCUUUUGCACUUUCUCAAAAUGGAAAUUAAUUGAUGGAUAUGCUUUGUCUCGAUUCAUAUCUGGGAGUGGCAUCACCGCUAACAUCACAGGGCAGAUCUGGUUACAGAAAGUAGAGGAGUUGUCAUUAAAAUUUGUUCGAUUAACAAGAAUAAAAUAAAAUUAAAGGAGUUACCUGGCUGAACAACUGAGAAGAAAACCUUAGAAAUCUGGAAGAGGAAACAGGAGUGAAAUCAGACAGGAGGUGUGGCAACAGAGGAAGGGAGAUUGUGGAUGCUGCCCACACCCUGAGAUGCUGUGCUGGCUGAGGGAGGACGAGAUGUCGGUUCAGGAACUGCUACAACGAGUGCAGUGUGUUGUCACACAUGUCGAUGAAAUCAUGCAACAAGAGAUCAGGCCCCUGCUGGCUGUGGACAUCAUAGAGCAGCUUCAUCGGCAGUUUGCCUUACUUUCAGGAGGGCGAGGAAAGGACGGUGCCCCCAUCAUCACUUUCCCAGAGUGCUCAGGCUUCAAUGAAGUGCCAGAGGAAGAUUUCCUUAAUGUAGUCACCUAUCUGACCAGCAUACCCAGCUUGGAUGCUGCCAGUAUCGGCUUUAUCAUCGUCAUCGAUCGACGUAAGGAUAAAUGGAGUUCAGUGAAGGCCUCUCUAUCCCGGAUUGCUGGAGCAUUUCCAGGAAAUCUCCAGUUGGUGUUGGUGCUGAGACCUUCCCGAUUCUUUCAGAGGACAAUAGCUGAUAUCGGAAUAAAGCUCCACAAGGAUGACUUUAAAAUGAAGAUUGUCAUGCUGAACACUCUGUCAGAUCUUCAUGGGUAUGUGGAUAAAAGCCAGCUGACCCAGGAGUUUGGAGGAAGUCUUGAGUACUCUCACAGCCAGUGGAUACACCACAGAACUGCCAUAGAAAACUUUGCCUUGACAGUGAAAACUACAGCGCAGCUGUUACAGAAGUUUGGGUCGGAGCUGUCAGAGACGGAGCUUCCCAAUGACGUCCAGAACACCAAAGACCUGCUCACAGCGCACACUGACAAACACAAUAACCUCAAGGAGGAGCUUAAGCUAGCUUUAAGACAAGGUAGUACCUUGUUUACCUGCAUCAAGGACCAGACAGCCAAAUCGGAAAGCCAAAAACUCAAGCCUGACGAGAUGGAGAACCAGACAACUGUGGAAAGACUCCUGGCCCAGCUUGAUGAAACAGAGAAUGCUUUCGAACAGUUCUGGUGUAAGCAUCAUCUGAAGCUAGAGCAGUGCCUGCAGCUGCGUCAUUUUGAACAGGAUUUCAGAGAGGUUAAAGUGACUCUGGACACACGGAUGGACUCCCUUAAAGGCCUUUCUGAUGCUGGAGAUUGUGUGGCCAGAGUGGAACAUCUGCUAAAGGAGCUCAAAACACUCCAGGAAAAGGUUCAGCCCACACUAGAAAAGGCCCAGCUCCAUGCCAUGCAUGGUGACCAGCUCAUCCAAAGUGACCACUAUGCCGUGGACUCCAUCCGGCCGAAGUGUGUGGAACUCCGGCAGGUCUGCGAUGAUUUCAGCAACGAAGCCAAGAAGAAGUCUGAUGUCUUGUCUAAGUCUUUACAUGUACACAUGGGCAUUGAGAAGGUUAAUCAGUGGUGUGAGUCUGGCAUCUACCUACUGGCUUCCCAAGCUGUGGAUAAGUGUCAGUCACAGGAAGGGGCAGAAUCAGCUUUAACAGACAUUGAAAUUUUCUUGGAGCUGGCAGAAAAGAACCACGUGACAGAACUGAGGAACCUCCACAACCAGUAUGAGGUUAUCCUGUCAGAGGAUGUAAAGGGCAGGGUCCUGAAAGCUCUCAAGCGACUGGAGGAUGUUCAAGAGAUGUUUGAGAAGCGACGUGUUAGCCUGAAGAGGCUAUCAGCCAAACAGACCAGACCCAUUCAGCCGGUGGCCCCACGACCUGAGUCGUCUCCUAAACGCCCUGCACCAAAGAACCCUGCCAGGACUCCUGGGGGCCAGCAGCCCUUGGCUAGAAAGCUCUCUGAUAACUCAAACAGUGGCAAGCCGCCAGCUGAAACAGAUCCUAACAAGAAGAAGAACAUACGCAAGACCAAGGGCAUCAAGAUUGAGGUGAUGCAUGAGGAAAGCCAGGGAGGCUCCACCCAUGUUGCUGUAUCAAACGAGAGUGAGGAGAGCCUGUCCAAUAGACGCAGACACAUAAUGAUGGAGCUGAUUGAAUCAGAAAGAAUUUAUGUGGAGGAAUUACAGAGCAUCAUGGAGGGCUAUGUUGCUGAGCUGAAUAACUCGGGGCUCUGCCACCUCAUCCCCCCCACGCUAGAGAAUAAGCAAGACGUGCUGUUUGGCAACCUGCCAGAAAUAUUUGAUUUUCAUAACAAAACAUUCCUCAUGGAGCUGGAGAACUGUGCAGAGAAUCCAGAACUGGUUGGAACUUGUUUUCUGAAGAGGAAAGAAGAGCUUCAGGUGUAUGAGAAGUACUGCCAGAAUAAACCCCGCUCUGAGGUGGUGUGGCGGCAGUGUGGAGACAGCCUCUUCUUUCAGGAGUGUCAGAAGAAACUGGACCAUAAACUGUCCCUGGACGCCUACCUGCUGAAGCCUGUACAGAGGAUCACCAAAUACCAGCUUAUGCUUAAGGAAAUGUUAAAAUGCAGUAAGGGAGAGGGGAUGGCUGAGCUGGAGGAGGCCUUAGCCACCAUGCUGGACAUUGUCAAGUCUGUCAAUGACUCCAUGCAUCAGAUAGCCAUCACUGGAUUUGAGGGCAACCUGAGUGAACUGGGGAAGCUGCUGAUGCAGGGAUCCUUUAAUGUGUGGACAGACCAUAAAAAAGGCCAUAGCAAGGUGAAGGAUCUGGCCAGGUUUAAGCCCAUGCAGAGGCACCUCUUCCUGUAUGAUAAGAUGCUACUGUUCUGUAAGAAACGGGAGGAGAACACUGAGGGACAUGAGAAGACCCCAUCCUACAGCUUUAAGCACUCGCUAAAGAUGAGCUCGGUGGGGAUAACAGAAAAUGUCAAAGGGGACAACAAAAAGUUUGAGGUGUGGUACAAUGGCAGAGAAGAAGUUUACAUAAUCCAGGCUCCCUCCAUGGAUGUGAAGAAUAUGUGGGUGUCAGAGAUCCGUAAAGUUCUUACAGGCCAGCUAGAAGCAUGCAGAGAAGCCAGCCAGAACAAUAACUAUGGAGUCCCAAUGAGGAAUGUUCGGAAGAUGGGCCUGAGGCAGUCAUAUUCAUCUAGUCCAGACUCAGGAUUCAGGAGAGCUAACCCAAGUCCAAACAUGAGGCAGAAAAAAGCUGAUGCUUCAGCCCACUCAGCUGUUAACGUUCGGAAGCAUUUCACCUUGCAGGGACUUUCUAACAGGAGGUCUCUUCCAGCAGAACCCACAGUAAAAGAGGCAGAGGUCACUCGACGCUUCUCUCUCACUUCCUCUCUUGCCUCCUCUUCCUCUGCCAUGCGACACACCAAAGGUCCCCUCUCUGCUAGCAUUAAGAGCAAGAGACACGAGAUAAAGAGUGAUCCCACUCCAUUUGGCUAUGAAGGUUGGUGUAAAGGAUUUGGCUUCCCUGCAGAUACGCUACGUGGUGCAAUGGCUGCACAUGGGAAGCAGCAGAGCAUGACCAGCAGCAUCGCUGGUGGUGCUGGUAGCAAAGCAGCUGUCCCCAGAUCAACCUCACAGCCAGGCUGGACCCAGAGACGUCUCCUCUCCAUGGAUACAGACGACUUUGAGACAAUUCCGUCCAGCGGAGAGGAAUCCUCCAACUCUUCUGAGGACGAAGCCGACAAUAAGAAUGGUGCCAGCAGCCGUUACCGGGUGCAGCUGACAUACGCGUCAUGUGAAGCAAAAGACCUCCAGUUUCUGGAGGAAGGAGAAAAUGGAAACUGCAUGAAAGCAGUGGACGUUUCAACUAAAUCAGAAAGCUUGCUGUCACUCAAAUCUGCAUGAUAUAUCUUCAGUGAUCUGUGUACAGCAGCACUCUCUGAGUCUGAAGAAAACAGCAUCAGUACUUGGGAAGAUGAAUCUCAGGACUGCAAAUAAAACCAGUGGACUGUUGUAAUUCAUUUGGCUUUGAUCUCAGACAUUGAUCAGCUUAAUAACUGCAGCCUUCGACAUGUAAUUUAAAAGAAUAGUACUUGUACUUCUUUUUAAUGGACGACAGAUAUGCUUUGCUCUUAUUGUUGUAAUUUUUUUGUUUGAUUCACUGAUGUUUGUCAGUGAGACUCCUGCAGGAAGAAGCUGGAACUUUCUUGAGUGCCAAUGUUAGAAAGCCUUCUUCUAUAUUUUUAAAAUCAUUUCUACUAGGGAUACACAAUAUAUCAGCACUAACAUCAGUAUCGGUCGAUUAGUAACUUUUUUAAUACAUCGAUUUGAUCAAUCAAACUAGGCCAAAAUUAACAACUGAUAUUUCUUUCUAUCUUGUUGCCAUUUGUUUCUGGACGGGAGAGAAGGAGGUUGGUCGUGUGGUAUUUGUUUGGUCAUGUGAUAGUAGUGUUGAUGCAGCAAACCUCAAACAGAGAAGCACUGGGAAAGUCAGACAUAUACACUAUUGGUUAUUAGCCAUACCAGCAAUAUUAAUAUCAUCUAUUGAUAUUGGUCCAAAUGUUCAUAUUGUUGCAUCCCUAAUUACUCCCACUGAGUGGAGCGGCUAUAUACAGUAAACACAUCCCAUAACUUCAGAUUUACUGUCUCUUCAGAAACUAUUCCAAACCCUUCACAUAUUGUACUUUUUAAAAUUAUUUUCAAUUGCUGCUGGUAAAAUGUGCUAAAUAUGUGAAAAGAUGAAAUUGACAUUUACUGACAGCAAAUUUUCUUGAAGCUGCUUUCUUCUGUUCCUAAAGCUGCAUAUUUAAUCGGUUCUGUAGAAAGAAGGGAAUAACUUCUCCGUAGUAAGAGAGCCCCUACAGUGCCCCGUCACAAAAGCAGGUGUCUCCUGGUAAAUGCUCGAUAUUCUUUAUUGUAUUCUCAGCCCGAGUAUUUAGUGUUUUAGUUUAAUUACAUCAAAAUCUUUUGCCACACUGGUCGAAAUUAUGAAGUGAAAAGGACAUGUGGACCCCAAAAAUAAAAAAAAAUCCAGAAAUGUGACUUUUAUUUUUACCCAACCAGCAAACUAAAAAUUUUAUGUUUUAAUGAAUUGAAUUAAAACAUUUGUAGAAAAUGUAUCUAUAAAUCAGUAUAAUUCUGAUUUAUAGAUGCAUAAAUCAGUGUAAAUCUGAGACAUAAAUGGGGUAAAUUAAAUUGCUCCACUGAUCUCCCUGACAGAACCCUCUGCAUUAACUGGGAAUGGGACCAGAACAAAACAAAACAAAAAAACCCACAAAAUGUCUCCUUUGUGGCUGCAUUGUCUCAUUAUACAAUCACAUGUGAAAACAAAAC